AUGCAAGCCACCGAGCGACCGCAGUUGCCGCCAGAACUGCUCCUCGACAUCCUAUCCACAUCCUCCCGGUCGACCCUUCUUGCCUCGUCGCUCGUGUGCCGAGGUUGGCGGGCCGUCGCUCAGGUCGUCCUCGAAAGUCACCUAUCGCUGCCGACCAAGCAGGUUGCGAGGGCGUACCUCUCGUGUCCUGGCCGACGGUCAAAGACCAGGUCUUUGACGGUCGGCGCCGGGCUCUCUAUCGACGAGUACCUGGACCUCUUCGACUGUUGCGAGGGAAUCGAGGAACUGGUCCUUCUGCCCGACCGGUCGCACCAGCGCGCCAAGUUCGACCUGCGGGCGUUCAAGACGCCGGCGCUAAAGGGACUCCGUUCUCUACACCUUGCCGGCGCAGCUUUCGAAGACCUCGCUCCAGGCGUUGGCUGGAACCUCCCAUUCUCCCUCAACUACCUCACCUGCAAGGGCACGUACAGCGCCCUCCCCCGCCCGAUCCUCGCCGCCAUCGUCGCCUCUUCCCGCUCGACUCUCCACACCCUCGACCUCGACUGCUACGGCUCGCACACCUCCGCCCGCGCCUUCGCAUCGUGCUUCGGCCCUAUUGCGUCGACUCUCCGCGCCCUCGAGCUCCACGGAUCCGCCGAACGCCAAGUCGCGCCUUUCCUCCCCUUCCUCUCCUCCUGCACCGACCUCGUCCUCUUCACCUGCUGGGAAGCCAAUCCUGCCGUCCUCUCCGCCCUCCCACCUUCCGUCGAGCAGGUCUCGAUCGGCAAGAAUUUCAUCUUCCACUCCGACGUGCCCUACGAGCAGCUCUUGCUCGAAAGCGGAGUCCUCAGCACCGUCAAGCGCGUACGGUUCACGGGCAUCAGUCAGGCGACGCUGCGGGCGCAGUUUGGCGCGGAGGACCUGUUGCAGGAGUGCGCGAGGCUCGGGGUCGAGGUCGACUUCGGCGUCCAGCCUUCACGACUAGCGGGAAGAUAUGGCUGGCCCAAGUUUGGCCGAACAAAGAUGAUCCCUGGGCACUAG